AUGGCCGACCUUGGCCCCAAGAUCCCGUCGGAAGAGAAGGAUGUGGUGAACUACAUAGAGCAAGUCGAUGCCAACGAGUACGAUGGUGAUAUCGACAAGGCCAACCUCGAGAAGGGCGACCAUGCGUCCGAGCUCCUCGCCUCUGGCCAUGUACAGGUGACCCCAACCGAGCUGGCAAACCUCGAGGCUCAGCUGGACGACAUGCCCGUCGAUAAGACCAAGAAGGUCCUCACUGACAUCUACAACGUACACAAGCACGACCCGCGUUACGACCCGAAGACACUCGAGCGCAUCAACAUGUUCAUCAACGAUGAAAGCGUUACGGGCAACCCCGACCUGUACGGCCAGCUGAUCUACGAGAUGCGCAUCUUUGCGCUCCUCGUCACCGUCAGCAGCGCUUAUGCUGAAGUCCGCGCCAUCGCAUCGGACAAGGAUGACCCGAGCCUGCCGUCGCUCACGCUGCGUGUGUGGGUAAUCGGUACGCUGUUCUCCGCGAUCGGCUGCGUGAUCAACACCGUUUUCACACUCCGCUACCCCAGUAUCAGCAUCGGCCAAAACGUCAUCCAGCUUCUCGCCUACCCCCUCGGCGUGCUGUGGGCCAAGUUCCUGCCCGACGUUUCCCUGUUCGGCAUCCGCCUCAACCCGGGUCCCUUCAACCGCAAGGAACACAUGCUCAUCACCGUCAUGUCUGGCCUCGGUAUGUCGUGGCCACCGACCCAGCACCUGAUUUGGGCACAGGCGAUGCCACAGUUUUUCGGCCAGGAAUAUGCCCGUCUCCCAGGUUACCAGUUCCUCGGCGCUCUGGGGACCAACAUGAUCGGAUUCGGAUUCGCUGGCAUCACCCGCCGCUUCCUGGUCUACCCCUCAUACUGUAUCUGGCCAGCGUCGUUGGCGACCAUCGCGCUCAACAAUGCGCUUCAUGAGGCCGGCUCGGUUUGCACACCCGUUCGUGGCCCGUUCCGCUCGACGUGGCGGGCGUCCAUGUUCAAGUGCUUCUGGGUCGUUUUCGGCGCGUACUUUAUUUACUAUUUCUUCCCGGGAUACAUGUUCCCCAAUCUGACAAUUUUCGACUGGAUUGCAUGGAUCAAGCCGACCAACGGAAAGCUCGUCGCGAUCACCAGCGUCAACUUUGCCGUCGGCGUCGGCUUCAACCCGUUCCCAACUCUGGAUUACAAUUUCCUGAGCAACGCAGGCGGAACGGUACCGAUGUUCGUAUACUGGAAUUUCUUCAUUGGAGUUACCGUGGGCAUUCUCGUCGCCAUCAUUUUCUGGUUUAAAAACUUGUUCAAUUCGGGUUAUCUCAUGAUCGACUCGCCCAACACGUUUGACAGCAAGGCUAAACAAUACAAGGUGGCCAAUAUCGUCGACAAGGCUGGCCGCCUUAUCCCCGAGAAAUAUCAGCAAUACUCUGAACCGUACAUGAGCGCCACGCGCUGCGUGCCGAACCAGACUCUGCUUACGUCUGUUCUCACCCACACGCUUCUGUACAACCGUUCCGAACUCGUGGUCGGCUUCAAGAGCAUGUGGAAGGAUGUGAAGCGUUGGGUAUCCAAGGUCCGUGGUAAACAAGUCGAAGAGGAGGAGCGCGUCCAUUUCGGCGACGACAUCCACUAUCGCCUCAUGCAGGCAUACCCCGAAGUGCCCGAGUGGUGGUUCGUGUUGAUUGUGCUCAUCUCGAUGGUUCUCAGUUUCGUCUGCUUGGGCGUCUACACCGAGGUCUCACCCGCUGUUGUCCUGAUUGCCCCAAUUAUUACCCUCAUCUUUCUCAUCCCCAUAGGCAUUGUGACUAGCGUUUCCGGUCUCGAGCCCAGCCUGAACGUCAUCGCUGAGCUGAUCGGUGGGGGCCUCGCGGGCGGCGACACCAUGACGGUGCAGUAUUUCCGCAUGUUUGGUUCCGAGCCCGUCUACCACGCCCUCAUCUACGCGAAUGACCUCAAGUUGUCGCAUUACGUCAAGAUUGCACCCCGACACAUGUUUUGUGCGCAGAUUUGGGGUGCGCUCGUCGGCACCGUCGUCGCCGUUGGGCAAUGGAACUGGCUCAUGGACGUGCCGGGCAUUUGUACUCCCGAUGCGCCUUUCCGCCUCAUUUGCCCGGCCGCACAGGGUGACUACUCCAGCUUCAUCUUCUGGGGAACGCUGGGCGCUAAGCGCCUCUUCGGGCCCGGCGGCCGCUUCACACUCCUCCUCAUCGGUUUCCCUAUUGGCAUCGCCUUCCCAAUCCUCAUAUUCUUCCUCAAGAAGCGCUUCCCACGCUCCGAGAUCCUCCAGUCGACGCACCCGCUGCUCGCCACUCUUGCCUUUGCGUGGGGUGGUUCCUGGGGUACAUACGUCCCUGGCAUGUUCAUCAACUACUUCUCGUGGAGCUUCCUCAAGCGCAAGUACCUCGAGUUCUGGACGCGGUACAACUACGUCAUUAUCGCGGCACUGGGGGCGUCCAUCUCAAUCAACGCCCUCAUUACAUUCUUCGCCCUCGUGUUCCCGGGCAUCGCGUUCCCCACUUGGUGGGGCAACCCCGACAGCCAGCCGGGGUGCAUUGGUAACUGGACCAAUGCGGCUUGUGGGCUGUACAAGAUCGAUCCCGCGCGCGGCUUCUUCGGACCCGAGCCCGGCAACUUCAUCUGA